AACCUAACAUCGGAGUGACACAUAACACACAUUCACACUGGCUGCAUAUAUCAGCCCGGGGGGCAGAGCAGAACGCUGUAUGAAUCAGACGCGCUCACAUAUUCAGGCUUUCCAGAGGCGUUUACCAUCAGAAGAAGCAGAACAAUGAAUCAUCAGCACCCCGCAGAAGAACACAGCAAGCAACAACUCUAACAAUAAAGACGUGCUGGAGCCAAAAGGUGCAGAUAGCGAGUUUUAAAAGAUAACGCACAGGAUCAAAGGGGGAGAGGGUAAAAACCCACUGCCUCCUGAAAUACAGAUCAGCAAGUCAAGCUGGCAGCAGACGACACAAAACGCUCUCUGGAGGAGGCGGCAACUGUGGAGCAGGCUAACCGACCGGCAGAAAGGAAGCUCCCGGGGUCCCACAACAAAAUGUUGCGCGUCAUAGUGGAGCGGGAUAUCCCCAUGUCGGUGACACUGCCCAUCGAGGUGCAGGCCGACCCGGCAAACCAGCCCUUCCCUUUCCUGGACACCACACUUGCUGAUCUGGGCAUCCAAGAGUCAGAGGUGAAGGAGAGGGUGGUUUGGGUUGACACCAAGAAGACCCAGGUGAAAAACAAAGCAGGGAAGCUGAAGGAGAAAGAGAUCACUAUCCUAGAGGUACGCGUGAAAGCCCAGAAGCCAGGAGACAAACAGCUCCAGGAGGUCCUGUACAGCACCGAGGCCCACACUGACCGCUCCUUCUGCCGCACUGGAAUGGAUAUCCUGCCCUGGAAACAGACGUGUGCAGGGGAAAAUGGACUGACACCCGUGCAGAUGACUAUGGCGCUGGACACUGAAAACAAGCUGCCGGGCUUUACUCAGGCUCAGGGACAACGGGAGAUCUGAGGAGCAACACAAUGAGUACAACUGAAAUUGAACAAAC